GCGGAAAAGAAAUUGGCAGGAAAGCUCCGUUCCGGCAAAUCACCAGCGUCAUCCAAGGCUGUUGAGGUGAUCGAGAAUUUUAAGGGGACCUCACAGAAAGACCACGUGACCGAGCCCACCUUAAUUGCCCGCCUUGAAGGCGAGGCGAAGAGAUGGCGUGAAAAUAGUGCCCGCUUGGAGGCUGCGAUGAAGCAGCUGCAAGAGGAGAACGCCACCCUCCGUCGUCGCCUCGAGGAGGUAGAGGCGGCUGCGAGUAAGCAUCCAACGGAGGAGAUGUUGGAGCGAAUGGAGGCUAGAAUGCAGGCCAGGCUGGAAUCGGUGCUCGCAGGGCCGGCGCAAAGACCAUCUCUGGCCCAUGAGAGGCGCUCCGCCCCUGUGGACACCUCACUCCCCGUGCAGGAUGGAUAUGUCAACGGAGCACCCGCAUCCACUUCGACCAAAGGAAAAGGUAGGGGAAAAGGAAAGGGAGCUAUGCAGCCGGUUCGCUCAAUCCCUGCAGCCGAGUCUUCAAGUGCGUUAAUGCAGUCAAUUGCGGGCACCUCCAAAUCGCCAAACGUCACGGAGAAAAUUCUGGUUGGGAAAUCGGCCAACAGCCAAAUGUCCCAAAAGGGCAAAAAGAAAGAGGCGGCACCCACUAUGCAACUCGCCACAGAGCCGUGCCCGCUACCUCCAGUCCCUGCGUCGACUGAGACGCCGUGGACUGUGGUGGCCAGCAGAAAGUCGAGGAGAGCCAAACAGAAUGCGGCAUCAGUUGCAAAGUCUUUGCCGCAGCAACUACCGCGCCGAGCUGAACCAAAGCUGCGGUCACCACGUUCCGCGGCAGUGGUGAUUUCCCUUACGACGGCGGCUGUCCAAAAGGGCCUAACAUACGCUGGGGUCUUAACGAAUGCUCAGCGUCAGGUAAGCCUUGACGGGCUAGACAUAGAUCGACUCAGGCCGAAAUAUGCAGCCACAGGUGCCAUGCUGUAUGAGGUGCCCGGGGCUGAUUCUGAGCGGAAGGCUGAUUCCCUCGCUAAGAGGCUAAGGGAAUAUUUUGGGGGGUCAGAGGACGUCAUAGUUUCCCGGCCCACCAAGUGUUCGGAGCUACGUGUUUCAGAGCUUGACCCCGCAGCAACUCCUGAAACAGUAGCAGCGGCUCUCUGCAGUGUCGGCGAGUGUGGCCCAGACUCGAUUAAAGUAGGUCAAAUUCGCCCCGCUAAAUCGGGCAUGGGCUCCGUAUGGGCCAAGGUGCCCACGAAGGCGGCCCUUAGAAUUAAGGCGGGCCGCUUGAAAAUCGGGUGGACGAUAGCCCGUGUGACCGUGCUCGAGACGCGACCGAUGCGCUGUUAUCGCUGCCUUGAGCACGGUCAUGUGCAAAACGUAUGUGACGGACCCGUAGACCGCAGCGAUCUUUGCUACCGCUGCGGUGAAUCGGGACAUAAAGCCCGGCAAUGCGAAGGGGCGAUCAAAUGCGCCCUAUGUGCCGCAGCUGGUAAGCCCGCCGGGCAUCAAAUGGGGGGGAAGGCAUGUCUUGCCUCUUCCCGGAAAACCCGGCGUCGCCCGCGCAGGAGACCGGCUGCCUCUGAGGCUACGGCCCAGUCGCAGUCAGCGAGCUCACCGCAAGAAGUCGAGAUGGAGGUAGCCGAAGUGAUUGCCCCAUAA